UAUAUCGAUACAUAUCGCCCGUACUAUGAAAUUUCUUGAGCUACGUACUGCAACAAACAUCAUCACUAGUACUGGCGACGGGGAGGCGGGAUGACAAGACUUCUGUCGUCGUACCUUCUCACCGUGAUCUUCACCGUGUUCUUGCUUUUGCUCAAAGCCUCGGCCGCCGGCACUCCAUCUGACACACUCAGCAGCAGCAGCAACAUCACCGAUGGCGAGACGUUGGUCUCAUCCGGCAGCUCCUUCACCUUGGGCUUCUUCUCCCCGGCCGGCGUGCCAGCCAAGAGAUAUCUUGGCGUCUGGUUCACCAUGUCACCAGAGGCCAUCUGUUGGGUGGCCAACCAAGAAACACCCCUCAACAACACCUCAGGCGUGCUGGUCGUCGACGACAGCACCGGCACCCUUCGCCUUCUCGACGGCUCUGGCCACACCGCGUGGUCUUCUUCCAGUUCCACCACGACGACGAGUUCCGCUCCUCCUCCACCUGUCGUGCUGCCGCAGGCACAGCUCCUCGAUUCUGGCAACCUAGUCGUUCGCGAUCAGAGCACCGGCGACGUGCUAUGGCAGUGGUUCGAUCACCCGGGGAACACCUACCUCGCCGGCAUGAAAUUCGGCAAGAACCUCCGGACUGGCGCUGAGUGGACCACGACGUCGUGGCGUGCGUCCAACGACCCGGCGCCCGGAGACUACUGGCGUUCCCUGGACACCAGGGGCCUCCCGGACACCAUAACUUGGCAUGGCAACGUCAAGAUGUACCGGACGGGGCCCUGGAACGGGCAGUGGUUCAGCGGCAUCCCGGAGAUGGCGUCGUACUUGGACCUGUACUCCAACCAGCUCGUCGUCGGCGCCGACGAGAUCGCGUACUCCUUCAACACCACGGCCGGCGCGCCGAUCUCCAGGCUACUGCUGAAUGAGAACGGCGUGAUGCACCGGCUGGGGUGGGAUCCGGUGAGCCUGGUGUGGACCUCGUUCGCGGAGGCGCCGAGGGACGUCUGCGACAACUACGCCAUGUGCGGCGCGUUCGGGCUGUGCAACAUGAACACGGCGUCCACGAUGUUCUGCAGCUGCGCCGUGGGGUUCAGCCCCGUGAACCCGUCUCAGUGGUCCAUGAGGGAGACCCAUGGCGGGUGCCGGAGGGACGUGCCGCUGGAGUGCGGCAACGGGACGACGACAGACGGGUUCAAGAUGGUGCGGGCGGUGAAGCUGCCGGACACGGACAACACAACGGUGGACAUGGGCGUGACGCUGGAGCAGUGCAGGGAGAGGUGCCUCGCCAACUGCGCUUGCGUGGCCUACGCCGCCGCCGACAUCCGAGGCGGUGACCAUGGCUGCGUCAUGUGGACGGAUGCGAUCGUGGAUGUUCGAUACAUUGACAAAGGGCAGGAUAUGUACCUGAGGUUAGCAAAGUCUGAAUUAGUUGAGAAGAAGAGGAAUGUGGUACUAAUAAUCUUGCUGCCAGUUACGACAUGUCUGCUUGCCCUCAUGGGGAUGUUCUUUGUCUGGGUAUGGUGCAGGCGCAAGCUUAGAGGCAAACGACGAAACAUGGAUAUCCAUAAGAAGAUGAUGCUAGGACACUUGGAUGAGACAAAUACACUUGGUGAUGAAAAUCUCGACCUUCCGUUUUUUAGCUUUGAUGAUAUUGUUUCUGCAACAAAUAAUUUUGCUGAAGACAAUAUGCUCGGGCAAGGAGGCUUCGGGAAAGUUUAUAAGGGUAUUCUAGGCGAAAACAGAGAGGUCGCGAUCAAAAGGCUCAGUCAGGGCUCUGGACAAGGCACAGAUGAAUUCAGAAAUGAGGUAGUUCUAAUUGCGAAAUUGCAGCACAGGAACCUUGUUAGGCUCCUUGGUUGCUGCAUUCAUGGAGAUGAGAAGUUGCUAAUUUACGAAUAUCUACCAAACAAAAGCUUGGAUUCCUUCAUUUUUGAUGCUGCAAGGAAAAACGUUCUUGAUUGGCCAACAAGGUUCAGGAUAAUCAAAGGAAUAUCAAGGGGAGUUCUUUAUCUGCACCAGGAUUCAAGAUUGACAAUUGUGCACCGAGAUCUGAAAACAAGCAACAUAUUGUUGGAUGCAGAUAUGAACCCUAAGAUAUCAGAUUUUGGUAUGGCAAGAAUCUUUGGAGGGAACCAACAAGAAGCAAAUACUAACCGAGUUGUUGGGACAUAUGGUUACAUGUCUCCUGAAUAUGCAAUGGAUGGAGCUUUUUCUGUCAUGUCUGAUACAUAUAGCCUUGGUGUUAUACUCUUGGAGAUCAUAAGCGGUUUGAAAAUCACUUCGACUCACUCCACGAGCUUCCCUAGCCUAUUAGCUUAUGCAUGGAGCUUAUGGAAUGAUGGCAAGGCAAUGGAUUUGGUGGACUCUUUUGUUCUUGAAAGUUGUUCGGCAAAUGAAGCUUUGAGGUGCAUCCACAUAGGACUCUUGUGUGUGCAAGACAAUCCGAAUAGUAGGCCACUUAUGUCAACAGUUGUGUUCAUGUUGGAGAACGAAACCACGUUACUUUCAGUCCCAAAACAGCCCAUGUACUUCUCGCAAUGGUAUUUAGAAGCUCAAGGAACAGGAGAAAAUACAAAUAGCUCCAUGAAUAACAUGACUGUCACAGUGUUGGAGGGACGGUAAUGGUAAAUGGUUCAGUUACAUUUGUUUAUCAAUAUAUUGGGACAAGAGUUGGAGUACAACUCAUA